AUGUCGUCGUUGUUCGGGAGCUCCACGCCCAACGCCAAUCCCUUUGGCUUUGGCAGCAGCACACAGAAUAAGCCCUCCUUGUUUGGGUCGAGCACCCAAAACAACCAGCCGGCUCUGGGAAGUAGCCUUUUUGGCAACAGCACCGCCAACCAGCAACAGCAGCCGCAGCAGCAACAGCAAAACACUGGCUUCUUCGGCGCAAGCCUGAACAAGCCUGCCACCACUGGCGCAUUCGGAGUCCAGCCCCCGGGGCAGUCGGUCAACAACAACUUCUACGGCGGCUCCACCGUCUUCGGCAACCCUCUUCCCCCAGCCCAGAACCCGGCCCUGGGCGCCUCGACAAACAAUGUCUGGACCCCGCCGCCUCCAGCCCACCUCGGCGUCUACAUCCCGCUAGACCAAAAGUCGAUCCCCGAGCAGAUGGCCGACCUGAUCGCCAAGUGGCUGCCGGAGCAGCGCAACACGGUCUUCCAGCAUUACUUCUACAACCAGGUGGACCCGCGGACGGUGCCGUACUACGUGGCGCCGGCGGACGAGGACGCAAAGGCGUGGGAGGAGGCGCUGUCGAAGAAGCCCAACGAGGGCGCAAUCCCCGUGCUGGGCCGCGGCUUCCACUCGGUCGCAGGCCGCCUGGAGACGCAGGCCAGGGCCGUCGAGGCGCUGCAGGCCCGCCUGCACGAGAUGAACAACAGCCUCACCGAGAUGCUGGCCAAGCACGACCUGGAGAUCACCGUCCGCACCACCGAGGCCAAGCGCAAGCACAUCGCCCUCACCAAGCGCUGCCUCGCGCUCGCGACGAAGGCGCAGAUUUUGAGGAACAGGGGCUACGCCAUGGACCCGCGCGAGGAGGAGCUGCGGAAGAAGCUGAUGGAGCUCGAGAAGAAGGCGUUCGACCCCAUGCUCAAUGGCCGCCAGGAGGAGAUUUGGGCUAGGAUGAGCGCCGUGAGGGCGCGCGCGAGGUUGCUGCAGGAGGAGCUGGAGAAGCUUGGUAAGAACGCGGGCAAGCCCGAUGGCGAACAGCUGGAUGAGGAGCACGUCAAGGCGAUUAGGAAGGUUCUCGGCGAUUUCGACAAGCAGCUCGCCCAUUUGCGCGAGGAGCUCACCCGCGUCACGAAGGAGUGGAAGGAGUGGCAGGAAACGAACAAGCCCAUCUCGGGUGGCGGCAGAUGA